CUUCCUGGUGCUCGGCAAAACACCGCAGCGAGAGCAGAAGUGAAACAAACGGCCGCUGAGCCGCGAGCCUUUUCCCCUCGCAGCCGACAAAGUUUUUCCGCGGACGGGAGGGAGACACCGAGGCGGCCUAAAAAAUGCGCUGCUUCAGGUAGCCGAGAGACAGAGCUCCAAAGCGGCGGCCGCUACCGUCGCCUCCUCGAGAGAGAGCCAAAGAGCCACAGCCGGAGCCGGCGAGAGCGGAGCGUCGCGAUGCUGUAGCCAUGGACAGCAGGAUCCGCGAGAACCCCGAGAGGACUUUUGAUUUGGUACUACAGGUGGCUUGUCCGCCGUCUGAAAAUGAAGAUCCGACAGUGCUGUGGAAGUUCCCCCAGGACUUCGGAGACCAGGAGGUCCUUCAAACUGUGCCCAAGUUCUGCUUCCCCUUUGAUGUGGAAAGAGUGUGCCAGAAUCAGGUGGGCCAGAACUUCACGUUCGUGCUCACCGACAUCGACAGCAAGCAGAGGUUCGGCUUCUGCCGCCUGACCUCCGGCUGCAAGGUGUGCAUCUGUCUGCUCAGCUAUCUCCCCUGGUUUGAGAUUUACUACAAGCUGCUAAACACUCUCGCAGACUACCUAACCAAACAGCAGGAAAAUUCUUUGAAUGAUAUGUUGGAAAAGCUGCACGCUCUGCCUGUGCCCAAGCCCAACACACCAGUGAAUCUGAGUGUGAGCAAGUGUUUGCAUAUUGCCAGUAGGCAAGUUGUGAACGAUCCAGGAAGCCAGAAGCCGCACUCCUACUUCAUAGCCCCAGAUAUUAAUGGACUUCCCACCAUCCCUGAAAGUAGGAAUCUGACGGAGUACUUUGUGGCGGUGGAUGUGAAUAACAUGCUGCAUCUCUAUGCCAGCAUGCUUCAUGAGCGGCGCAUCAUCAUUACCUCGAGCAAGCUUAGCACUUUAACUGCAUGUGUGCAUGGGUCCGCCGCCAUGCUGUACCCUAUGCACUGGCAGCACAUCUACAUCCCUGUACUUCCCCCACACCUGCUGGACUACUGCUGUGCACCCAUGCCAUAUCUGAUUGGAGUCCAUCUGAGCCUGUUAGAGAGAGUGAAGAGCAGGUCACUGGAGGAUGUGGUGAUUCUGAACGUGGACACCAACACGCUGGAGACCCCCACGGACGACCUGCACAACCUGCCCGGCGACGUGGUUUCCGGUCUGAAGAGUAAGCUGAAGAAGCAGUCGACUGCUACAGGCAGUGGAGUGGCUCGGGCCUUCCUGCGCUCGCAGGCUGCGCUGUUCGGCUCCUAUAGAGACGCUCUGAGAUACAAGCCUGGAGAGCCAAUCACCUUCUGCGAGGAGAGCUUUGUGGCGCACCGCUCCAGCACCAUGAGGACUUUCCUCGAGAUGGCCGUGAACUUGCAACUUUUCAAGCAGUUCAUUGAUGGCAGACUGGCCAAAUUAAACGCAGGAAGAGGUUUCACAGACAUCUUUGAGGAGGAGAUCACAGAGGGAGGCUUCUGUGGAAGUAAUUCAAGGUCCUAUCAACAGUGGAUGCACACGGUGAAGAGAGGAGUGAAUAAGGCCAGUCCAGCUGUGAAAUCUGCGUACAAGAUAGCCAAAGGUCAUGCAAAGAAAGGCCUGCAGGGUGUGAAGGACAGGAUGAGGCAGAAGGACGCUGAAGAGGAGGAUGGUCCGUACUGUGCAGGUUCUCCCACCAGCACUAAAAGCCUUUCACCCAGGAGGCUUCAGAAGCGAAGGUACCAGGUUCAAAAGUCCCCCAUGACUUUUGGCUUUCCAGACUAUGUGAUCGACGGGGAGGAUGAACUGGAUACGGCCAGCAAGAUCUCCUCGGAGGACAGUGGGGAGGUGCCAUCCUACACUGAGGACAGUGAUGACUCGUAUGAGAUUGAGCCCCAGGCUGGAAAGACAGUACAGAUGAACUUGCUGGAGGAAAUCCUGGACUCCUUGAGCACCACGAGUUUAGAACCGGGCAAACUGUCUGCAGCCAAGAGCCUGGACUUCUUCAGGUCACUAGAAGAUCUGGACUGUGAUAGUUUGCAGCGACAGGCUCACACUCCACCCCCAUCCUCCCCCGGCCCCCCGAGUGUAAUGUUGGCUGAGAAUAAGAGCAAGCCUCUCGGUAGGAGCAGCCCGACUCAGUCUGGCUCGGUGUGUGGAGUGGGCAAUGGAGAUCAGAGCGGCUGGAACACGGGCCAAGACGACAGCGCUGUCCAUGGCAAGCAUCUUCCCCCUUCACCCCGGCGCCAGUGCAGCACCCGCUCCCUGCCGGCCCCUUUCCCCAAAGCCUCGGACGCCCCUCCUGACACAGCGCUCAAGCAGCCCUCGCCCAGGAUUUCCCUUCCUGAGGAACCCUUUCAGCCUGCAGCCGCCGACCCUCUUCAUCCGGCACACCUGGAGCCCACCUCGGAGCCCCCCUCUGAGCCCCCCUCGGAGGCCCCGUCAGAUACGCAGCUGAGCCCUGAAGACCAGCAGCCAGGAGCCUACUGCGCCCUUCGGAGGAGGGUCCUCUCCAAACGGACCAUGAGGCAGUACCAGGGGCGCUCCCAGUAUGGUGGGCAGUCGGAGCAGGGCAGCAGUAGGCAGCCCUCAGUGUUUGUGCCCUGGGAGAAGGAGCGAGAGAAUAGCAGUGAAAGAACGGAGGAGGUGGAGGUGCAGGAGAAUGAGAAAGGUUUGCUGGAGGAGAUCGAGUCCAUGUGUCUUCUUAGGACGGCACUUGACUCAAGCUUGCAGGACACACAGGCCACACAGGUCCACCAUAACAACACCAGCCUGGACAAAAGCUGAAAACACACACAAACAUCAGCAGAGUACAGCAGCAUCUUCCUCCAUCUCCUUCUUCUUCUCCUUCUCCUUCUUCUCCUUCUCUUUUUCUCGUUCGUCAUCUGAGGUACCGGAGAUCAUACUUUGACUUUGUACACGUUGUGUUUCUUGGCUUGAUGUUCUUGUGAAUACUGGGUCUUCAUAUUUCUCAUAUUUGAAAAGCAUGUACGAGAUUUGAACGAGAUGAAUACUGUAAUGGUUGAAAAGGGACGCUACCACCUCCUAUCUACCACCUAUCUUCUCCUAUCUCACAGUUAUGGAAAGAAUUAAGAGACCACUUCAGUUUCUAACUCACUCCCAAAUUCCAAAUAAAAAUAGUCAUUUAACGCAUUUAUUUACAGAAAAUGAGAAUUGGCUGAAAUAACAACAAAGAUGCAGGGCUUUCAGACCUCAAAUAAUGCAGAGAAAAAAAACAAGUUCAUAUUAAUAAAGUUUUAGGAGUUCAGAAAUCAAUGUUUGGUGGAAUAACCCUGUUUUUUAAAUCACAGUUUUCAUGCAUCUUGGCAUGUUCUCCUCCACCAGUCUUACACACUGCUUUUGGAUAGCUGUAUGCCACUCCUGGUGCAAAAAUUAAAGCAGUUCAGCUUGGUUUGAUGGCUUGUGAUCAUCCAUCUUCCUCUUGAUUAUAUUCCAGAGGUUUUCAAUUUAGCAAAAUCAAAGAAACUCAUUUUUUUUAAGUAGUCUCUUAUUCUUUCCAGAGCUGUAUAUAUAUACAUAUAGAUACAUCCCAGUCAAUUCCAAACCAAGACUUUGCACUUGUAAACAGGGACAUUAUCUGAUCACUGUAACUCUAAAUUAAUUACUGUGUUUUGAAGAACAGAAAGUUCUGUCCAGAUUAAUGUAUUUACAAAGGAAAAAAAAAGAAAGAGACUUUUAGAAAAAGAAAAAAGUUUUAGCCAAACAAAGAUGCCUUAACUAAGUUCUGAUUUUGCUUCUGGCACUACGCACGGUGUUAUCAGACCUUCUUGACUCUGGAAUCAUUAUGAUAAUCUACACGUGAAUGCUACCUUCAGUUCUCUUUAGCUGCAGGUUCAUUUUGUAAAACCUCCAUAACUGCCUCCAUGGUUUGUGGAGGUGUAUGUAUUAUUAUGUAGCUCAGAGAGAAAAAAAAAGACGGCAAUUAUAGAUGCAUAGAUAUUACGUAAUUAAUGAGAAACCUUUAUUUUUUAAGAGGUGUGUUUCCUUUUAGACACUUCUCUCAGGUCGCUUUAAGUAGUAUUUAUGAUGAUGAUGAUGAUGAUGAUGACUCUGGCCUUGUCGUACGCUAGUACAGAUUUUCAGUACAGUACAGGUAGAGUACAGUAGUGCAUACUGACCCUAGGAAAAGAAAGCAUACAGCUAACAGCUAACACUGAAAUAUAUUCCAGUUUACUUUCUGCAGUGUGGGUUUAUGUUGAAGUUGCAUAGCCUUAAUAUACAGUGUAUAACGGUGGCCAGUACAUGCACCUUGAGUAAUUAGUACGUUUAGCCUGUUUCAGAAGUGUGACCCCUGCUGUGCUGUAUCAGAGCAGUGUGUAUAUGGUACUACUAACAAAACUAACACACACACACACACACACACACACACACACACACACAUACACAAACACACAAACACAAACUCCAGACGCCGCCCAGAAUGAAGCAAUAGGUUUGUUUAAAUAAAUAUAUAUGAAGCUUUCAGGGAUAAAUCAGUGUAAUUUAAAACUAUGCCUGGCUCCUUUGGAGAUUUAAUCUUUAGUAUUUUUCAGUUCAGUCACUUUUGGGUGUUUACUCCAAAGCCAUGUUGAAGCAAACGAGUAAAAAAACUAAAACAUUUUUUUAAAAAAGUGUCAGUUUUGCCAGGCACUUGUUUCAUUUGGGCAGAUUAAGUAUUUAAACUCAUAGGCUUAGUGAUUUACGCUGCAUGCCAUUCUGUCAGACACUUUAAUAGCCGACCUCACCCCCUCCUGUGUGCUGCUUUGUGGUAACGAUGUGCUUGUAAAAGUGGCCCGUGAUUUUUUUUUUUUUUUUUUUUUUUUUACAUUUUUUAUGUAUUUUUUUCUCCUUUCACUCUCUUUUAAAAGCGUUGCCUCAAAUCUGCAUUUCAGUUUCAUUAAGCCUGUGCACAUGAUGUGUUGCUACUGUCAAAUGUUUUUUUUUUUUUUUUUUUAUAGCUAAUGCAAAUUCUUGGAUGUACUAUAUGCAGGCAUUUUAAAAACAACAAAAAUGUUUUCCUUUGGAAUUAGGAAGGCCCUUAAAUAGAACCCUGAUGAACUAUAACUAUGCAAAUUCAUUUAGCAGAGUUCGUAUAAAAAUUAUGUUGAUAUUUUCAGCCAUACAUUUGCCCUUUGCAAUAAGAUCUCAACAAUGUGAUUCUCACAGAGAUAUACUGUAUGUGUAGUAAAUACAGCCGAAAUAUUACGUUCAUUAAAUAUAUUACGAUAAUCAGAUUUAUUCUAUAUUGUUGCUGAAGUAUAGUGGAGUUAAGAGAAGAAAAAAAAAGACAGAAAACCUAUAGUACUGGUACUGAUAAUGUAGAAAAUGUGAAUAAGUUAAUAGGUGAAAGGAGUAUUUGCUAAUAGCGAAUGUGUAAAAUAAGUUGCCAUUAAUUAGCAAAUUAACAUUACAUUAACAUAGUGAUAUGACUCGGCAACAGUCUUUUUUUUCAUGCAUUCAUUACAGUUCACUGGUGUUUCUGAACAAUGCGAACAUUUAUAAUAACAGCUGUAAUUAGGAUGUAUACAGUACUGUGUAGAGGUUUUAGGCACCUUAUUUAAGCAGAUUAUUAAAAAUAUUUUAUUGUACAGUAUAUUAAUAAUGCAGGAUUAAAGGUUGCUUGUAAGAACUUUUAGUGUGAAAUGGACUUGGGGUGAAGUGAAACAUGAUAACGAGUAUACACUUUUGUUGAAUAGCCCAUCUCUGUUCUCCCCAACAUUAAAACAGUGUUUUUAACUGAUGCUGCCCCACUGGCUUACAAUGCUAGUGAUAGGGGCAUAGUGUUGCCCAGGCAAAGAAAUCGCUAUUUGUACACUAUUAGCAAACUUAAACAGCUCCACAUUUCAAUGCUAGAAUUCCAAAGGUCCUGACAUUUAAAACGAGGCACUGAGAACUGUGAAAGUACACAGAUAGUUUAUUAAAAACACUGUUCAUACACACAGUACCUUCAGCUAAUUCUCCAAAUUACAAACUUAAUUCAGUGGAAAUAAAUGAAUAUUAUAAAAAUAUUUUUUUAGCAAUAUUUUGCAAUCUGUUCCUAUCUCUGUAAAAAAAAUUGCUUUGCAGGGGCAACACUAUGCCCCUAUCACUAGCAGUGUGACUCUAUUGGGAGCAUCGGCUAAAAGCACUGUAUUUCAGAAGGCUGAAGGUGAUCUGAGGUGGGCUAUUCCUCAAAAGUUUGUACUUGUUUUCAUGUUUCACUAAAUUCCAAGUCCAUUUCAUACCAGAUUUCUCCUUUUAGAUCACAUUAAAACAGAUUAAAGAUGUCUGUGUAUUGACAAGAGCCUGACAAUAUGAUUUGUAUCACGAUACAGAAGUUACGAUUUAAUUUUUUGUGAUAUAUUGCAAUAUUAUAGCACGAACCUAGAGUGUAAUAUUGCUUAAUUGUAAUACUGCCAUGGAAUUAAAAUAUAAAAUUUAAAAUAUACUUAAUCCAGUCAGAACAGUAAACUAUUGACUGCUAUCCAGUGACAACACAAGAUGAACCACUGUCUUUACAUUUUUAUCUUUACAAGUAAGAAAAAAAAUCAACAUGUCCAAAAUUAAUGUGUUUGAUCAUUUACCAAAUUUACCACACCAGGUGUUAAUGACUGAUGAUAUCUCUAAAUACUGUAAUAUAAACACAGGCAAGUAUUAUAUUUUAUCUGUGUUGUGCACAAAUUAUAUCUACAUGUACUAUUGACAUUUUACUGAGUAAAUAAACAUGUAGGACCUAGAUAAGGAGCUUUUAAUUCAAUUCAAUACAAUUUCCCAGGUGCCUAAAACAUUUACACAGUAUUGUACAUUUUAUUUUUGGUACUGAAAAUGGUUUUAACUAUCUCCUUUUAAUUCAUGUUUGUUCAUUUCAUAUAAUGCAGAUAAUUUAAUCAUAACCUUGGCAUUGCUGCUGUUACGCUGAACUACUUCUAAUCCUAAUCUAAUCCUUUUUAUAUAUAUAUAUAUAUAUAUAUAUAUAUAUAUAUAGAAAGAUUGUCUUGCACUAGGUAUCAGUAUUCAGAUCCCACUCAUACUCAUUCUAAAUAAGAAGAGCAGCAUCAGCAGUUUCAGCUUUGGGUUUGAAUGCGAGUGAGGAGGGGGUGUGCCUUAAAUGAAUAUGUGAAUGCUACUCACGGAUGGCUCAGUUCUGAGUGGGUUCAUUAGUUGUUGCCAGGUGUAUCCGUUUUGUUUCUUUUCUUCACUGUUUGCCUGAUUGUAAUAAUAAUAGUCAUUGUUGUUGUGCACGCUGCACAUGUCUGUAUUGUUUGUACAUUUUAAGAUUUUAAGAAUCCACAGAAGAUACGCAAGAAUUUAUCGGUACCCAGAAUUAACGUAAAAGGUCACCCAGAGCUGGGUGUUGUUAAUAAUAAUUGUAUUGUUUUUGUAUUUUUUAUUUAAAAUUAAUGGUUAAGGUACAGCUUGUUGAUAUUUUUGGACGUAUUGUUGGAUUUUAGAAGCCCAUUCCGAACAAAUGAGCGCAGAAACUCGCAGUGGAGGAGGAUGCCUCAGUGUAGCUGUGUUUGUCAGUAUUAUGCAUUUAAAACAUGAUCUGAAUCUCACUGUGUGCCACUGACAACGAGUUUGAACAAAAUUCAGAUUGUUUGUUUACAUAUUUGUUCAAAAUGAUGUUUUAUUUAUAUUUUUUUCUGUUUCAUAAAGUUCCUCAGCAGCUUUCGAUGUUUAUCCAGCUCUUCAGAUUAAAAACACUGAUCUGUACUUUCAUGGCCAGUUACUGCACGUUCCAUUCAGUUACUGUAUAAAAAGAUAUAAUCAGUGUUCUUCCUCCGACAGGCUGAUAAACAUGCACUCACAUGCUUAAUCCUUUUUUUUCUGUUAAGUGGCAAAAAGUUGAAACUAAUGUUAUAUAUUUUUUUUCCUGACUCAAGCCUUGAAUUUUGCGAUUCUUUUAGUUUACUUCAUCACUGGAGUGUUAUUGCUGUGGCCACUUCAGUGAAUAUGAAGUGAUUCCCAAAUUUUAGUUUAAACCUUUUUAGUGCAGAUGCACAAUGAUAUAGGAAUUUUAAAUAUUUGUUCACACACACAGAAACAUUCUUUCACACAAACUUCCAUUCUAGUUAAAUUCAAAAAAUCAAAAAAUAUGUUUUUUUUUUGGUCAAUAGAUCAUAAAAUUUUGACACAAUGUAAUUUGUUACUGCUACUUUAAAUUAUGUCAAAAUGUGAGUGCAUUUACGUGCACUUAACAGUCUGAUCAUUGAGUUUACACUUAUGCUUGGGUAAUCAGACAAUGGGAACAUUCUGGGUUUACAUGAGCCAGGCAAUAAUCAGAUUGCUACUUUGCAACUAGCUUUUUUUUUUUUUUUUAAAUCCCUCAUCUUUAAUCGUCUGUGCUGUCCAGUUACAUUUGCCUGCACACAUAGACUGAGAAACCCACACUCACUGGCGUAAUCUAUUACAUUUUUUUAAUUCAAUUCUGAUUUAACUUCUCUACAAAUAAUUGUACUUGGCAAAUAUCAGGCCCUGAAUGUCCUUAUCUGUGC